AUGGCGUUGCCCAAAGGCCUCAGCAAUGUCCUCGCAAAGGCGCCCUCAGAUAUUGUGAUCCUUUCAGCUCUGAGGACGCCCGUAUGUCGGUCCUACCGUGGCCAGCUCAAGGAUGCCUACCCCGAGGAGCUGCUCUCCGUUGUCCUUCGCGCCACCCUCGAUGCGAACCCCAACAUGCCGCCCGAGGCCGUCUCAGACGUGGCCGUAGGUGUCGUUCUUUCCGAGCUCGGCGGUUCCAAGGCCGCCCGUAUGGCCAUGAACCACGUUGGAUUCCCCAACUCGACAUCGCUUUACACCACCAACCGCGCCUGCUCUUCCUCCCUUCAAAGUGUUGCCUUGGUGGCCGCCCAGCUGCGGACGGGCAUGAUUGAAGGUGCUGGUAUCGCUGCUGGUAUGGAGAGCAUGACGCGCAACUAUGGCAGCCGCGCCAUCCCCGUCGACCUGUGGCCGGAGCUCAAGGACAGCCCGAACAAGGACGCCAGGGACUGCAUCAUGGCCAUGGGUCUCACGUCCGAGAACGUGGCUGAGCGGUACAAGGUUGGCCGGCAAGAGCAGGACGAAUUUGCGGUCGAAUCGCACCGCCGGGCCGCCAAGGCGCAGAAGGACGGCGCCUUUGACGCCGAGAUCGUCAAGGUCCGGACGCGCUUCCAGGAGGUCGACAAGCAGGGCAACAAGGUGGGCGAGGAGCAGACCAUUGAGGUUACCCGGGACGACGGCAUCCGCAGCAACGCGACGCUCGAGGGCCUUGCCAAGCUCAAGCCCGCCUUCAAGGCCGACGGUGCCAGCACGGCCGGCAACUCGUCGCAGGUCAGCGAUGGCGCGGCCGCCGCCCUCCUCAUGAAGCGAAGCACCGCCACCGAGCUCGGCCUGACGUCGAGCAUCAUUGGCAAGUUUGUUGGCGCCACCACCGUCGGCUGCAAGCCCGACGAGAUGGGUAUCGGCCCGGCCCUGGCCAUUCCCAAGCUGCUGAGCCAGUUUGGCAUCGAGAACAAGGACGUCGACCGCUGGGAGAUCAACGAGGCCUUUGCCAGCCAGGCCAUUUACUCGGUGCGCGAGCUCGGCCUCGAGAAGGACUGGGAGCAGGGCAAGGUCAACCCCGACGGUGGCGCCAUUGCUCUUGGUCACCCUCUCGGUGCCACUGGUGCCCGCAUGACGAGCACUCUCCUGCACGGUCUGGGUCGCUCGGGCGGCGAGGUUGGUGUCGUCAGCAUGUGUGUCGGUACUGGUAUGGGUAUGGCCGGUCUGUUCGUGAGGGAAUAA